CUCUUUAGUCACUCAGUAGCUACUCUUAAGGGCACUGACCUGUCCAGAGAGCAGUGUUUUGCUUCACUUGGCUGCUUACUUUAGUACCUCAUUGCCCCAAAACUGGUCUUUAAAAAGGAAAAAAAACUACAACAUCAGAACUUGCACUGAACUACUUUUCCUGGGCUGGGUUCCCAUUCCACCUCAGGCAGAAUGAAGUUGUUGGCAUGUACGUGGGCUUUGUGGGUACUUGCCUUCUGUUUGGCCCAGGCAACCAAAGAUAUCUGCACCGCAAAACCCAAAGACUUAUUGGAGCCAAUGUGCAUCUACCGCAACCCAGAUCCUGAGGUACAACCAACCAAAGAUCCCGAGAAGAUCCCACCUGGCACCAACCCUCGAGUGUGGGAACUGUCCAAAGCCAACAGCCUCUUUGCCCUCUCGUUUUUCAAGCAGCUUGCCGAGGGAAAGUCCAGCGAUGAAAACAUCUUUCUGUCGCCGAUUAGUAUAUCAACGGCUUUCGCCAUGACGAAGCUAGGGGCUUGUAACACCACACUAGAGCAGCUCAUGAAAGUGUUUCGGUUCGAUUCGAUAAAGGAAAAGACGUCAGACCAGGUUCACUACUUCUUCGCCAAGUUGAACUGUCGACUAUACCGCAAGAAGCAUGAGACGACAGAACUGAUCUCUGCAAACCGUUUGUUUGGAGACAAAUCUACGCUUUUUAAUGAGUCCUUCCAGCACAUCAGCGAGAUGGUCUACGGAGCCAAGUUGAUGCCUCUCAAUUUCAAGGAGAAACCAGAUGUUUCGAGGCUGGCGAUAAAUGAAUGGAUUGCCAACAAGACGGAGAACCGAAUAAAAGACACCCUGCCUGAAGGUUCAAUAGACUCCAACACCAUAUUAGUCUUAGUCAACGCGAUUUACUUCAAAGGUCAAUGGAAACACAAGUUUGAUAAGCUAAAUGUCAUAAAGUCAGAGUUUCAUGUUAGCGAGAAAUACAAGUGUCCAGUUUCCAUGAUGUACCAAGAGAGGAAAUUCCAGUACGCAAAAAUCACUGAUGACAAGGUGAAGAUCCUUGAAUUGCCCUACAAUGGUGGUGAGAUCACAAUGGUGCUCAUAUUACCCACUGAUGGUAUAACCCUGUCGGAAGUAGUGGCAAAUAUGACCCUCAAGAAACUUGUUGGUUGGUUACAUGCCAUGAAAGACACCACAGUUUCAGUGCAGGUUCCUCGUUUCCGUAUCGAGGACAGCUUCAGCCUCAAAGAGCAGCUGACAAAAAUGGGCCUUGAAGAUCUUUUUAGUCCAGAAAAAGCCAGUCUCCCAGGGAUGGUUGCCGAUGAUGGGCCCAACUUGUACAUCUCUGACGCCUACCAUAAGGCCUUCCUUGAGGUGAAUGAGGAAGGUAGUGAGGCGGCUGCCGCCACAGCAGUAGUGGCUACCGGACGUUCCUUAAACAUCUUCCGGGAUUAUUUUGUUGCGGACCAGCCCUUCCUUCUGCUGAUCCGUGAGUCCAGUAUCAACGCCUUGAUCUUCACCGGCCGAGUCGCAAAUCCUUGUGGGAGCAGCUAAUAUGGAUUGGAUAUGGAUUUGACAGGAAAGGCUGAGGACGGUUAUUGAUCAUCCUUGUGGCUAAUUUUUAACUUGACAAGGCUGCCUUGUUUCUUGCCUUAUUGCUUAAUAAUGAGCAUUACAUUUGUAACUAUGUUGUUUUUGUCAGUCCACCAAGCAAGUACUGGAAUCAAACACAUUGAGGAGCAAGAAGAUGCAAAUAGGGUUUGAAAAA